AUGGGCUCUGCAGACAGGAGCAACUGUUGCUGCUGCUGCUGCCUCCUUGAUAUAGCCAAGCGCGAAGAGGCGCUUGCAGUCCUUGGCGAGCGGCGCUGCUCGGGCUGUCGGGAGCGGCUGGAGCGGGCUUUCCCUGGGCUCAGCACCUCGAACUUGGGAACUGUCCACCGGCGCGAGCUGCUGAAAAUGAACCUGUCGACUCUCUACCUGCUCGGAUUGUUCCUCAGUAGCGGGCAAGCACUUCUACAAGUGUCAAUUUCCCUCAGUAAAGCAGAAGUCAGUGUGGGCGUAUCCAAAUUCUUCACAUGUACAGUGAUUGGUGAGGCUGAGAGUAUAGAUUGGUAUAAUCCUCAAGGAGAAAAGAUCAUUUCCAGUCAACGAAUAGUGGUUCAGAAAGAAGGUGUUAGAUCACGGUUAACCAUUUACAAUGCAAAUGUGGAAGAUGCUGGAAUAUACAGGUGUCAAGCUACAGAUUCUAGAGGACAAACACAAGAAGCCACUGUUGUUUUGGAAAUUUUUCAAAAGCUUACUUUCCAAGAUAUCUCAUCUCCACAAGAAUUUGUUCAGGGUGAAGAUGCACAAGUGAUUUGUCGAGUUACUAGUUCACCUGCACCCAUUGUCAGCUGGUUGUAUCAAAAUGAGGAAGUCUCAAAUAUUGCUGACAAUAGAUUUGCUGUGUUACCAAACAAUAAUCUUCAGAUUUUUAAAAUCAACAAAAGUCAUGAAGGAGUUUACAGGUGUGAAGGAAGAGUUGAAGCCAGAGGAGAAAUUGACUUCCGGGAUAUCAUUGUCAUUGUGAAUGUUCCUCCAACUAUUACAUUGCUCCAGAAGUCAUUCAAUGCCACAGCAGAUCGAGGAGAAAGAGUUACUUUAUUUUGUAGUGCCAGUGGCUCACCUGAACCUGAAAUCAGCUGGUAUAGAAAAGGAAAACGUAUUGAAGAAAAUGACAAAUAUACAUUGAGAGGAAGCAGCAGAGAAAUAACCAUCAGAGAUAUCAAAAACACUGAUGCCGGUCCUUAUAACUGUGAAGCAAAAAAUAAAGCUGGAAAGGUGAUGAAUCAGACAUUUCUUCAAGUUUUUGUAAAGCCUCAAAUAAUACAACUCAAAAAUGAAACGGCCUUUGAAAAUGGUCAAGCAACUCUCAUCUGUGAGGCAGAAGGAGAACCUGCCCCUGAAAUUACUUGGAAAAGAGCCAUUGAUGGAAUAACAUUCUCUGAAGGUGAUAAGAGCCCAGAUGGCCAUAUAGAAGUCAAAGGGCAGCAUGGAAGGUCGUCACUGCACAUUAAAGAUGUGAAGUUGUCAGAUUCAGGGAGAUAUGACUGUGAAGCUGCAAGUAGAAUUGGUGGGCAUCAAAAGAGCAUGUACCUUGAUAUUGAAUAUGCUCCAAUCUUUGUGUCAAAUCAAACAACGUAUUAUUCAUGGGAAGGAAACCCCAUCAAUAUAAGCUGUGAUGUUCUAUCUAACCCAUCAGCUUCUAUUCAUUGGAGACGGGGAAAAUCAGUUUUACCUGGAAGAGACUCAACUCAUUUAAAGAUUCACACUGCUGGAAACAAACUGGUAUUAGAGAUUGCUCCCACAUCUGACAAUGACUUUGGGCGAUACAACUGCACAGCCACAAACCGAAUAGGAACGCGAUUUCAAGAAUAUAUACUUGACUUAGCUGACGUACCAUCUAGUCCACAUGGAGUGACAAUUAUAGAAGUAUCACAGACGACUGCUGAAGUCUCUUUCUACAGACCAGAUUCACAUGGAGGUGUUCCCAUUCAUCAUUACCAAGUAGACGUGAAAGAAGUCACUUCAGAAACAUGGAAAGUUGUGCUUUCCCAUGGCGAUCAGACAAUGGUUGUUCUCAAUAACCUGGAACCAAAUGCAACAUAUGAAAUCAAGGUUGCUGCUGUAAAUGGAAAAGGGCAAGGAGAAUAUAGCAAAACUGAGACAUUUCAGACUUUACCAGUUCGUGAACCCAGCCCCCCGACCAUUCAUGGACAAGUGGGCAUUGGGAAGAGCUAUAAACUUAUCAUAACCAAACAAGAUGAUGGAGGAGCUCCUAUUUUGGAAUAUAUUGUAAAAUACAGAAGUAAAGACAAGGAAGAUCAGUGGCAAGAGAACAGGGUUCAUGGUAAUAAAGACCACAUUAUUCUCGAGCCAUUACAGUGGACAGUGGGUUAUGAAGUGCAAAUUACUGCUGCCAACAGGCUGGGAUAUUCAGAACCAACAAUAUAUGAGUUCACCAUGCCACCAAAGCCUAAUAUUAUAACAGACACACUUUUUAGUGGGCUUGGACUUGGUGCAGUCAUUGGACUGGGUGUAGCUGCUCUUUUAUUAAUCCUGGUUGUGACUGAUGUCAGCUGCUUCUUUGUACGGCAAUGUGGAUUACUAAUGUGCAUUACCAGAAGGAUCUGUGGGAAGAAAAGUGGCUCCAGUGGAAAGAGUAAAGAGCUAGAAGAGGGAAAGGCUGCGUAUCUGAAAGAUGGAUCAAAAGAACCAAUAGUUGAGAUGAGAACAGAGGAUGAAAGAAUUACCAGUCAUGAAGAUGGGAGCCCUGUAAAUGAACCCAAUGAAACAACACCAUUAACAGAACCGGAAAAACUGCCAUUAAAGGAAGAAAAUGGAAAAGAAGUGUUAAGUUCAGAUACUAUAGAAAUCAAAGUUUCUAAUGAUAUCAUCCAGUCAAAAGAAGAUGAUAGCAAAGCAUAA